AUGAUUAGAACCGUCAAACCAAAGAAUGCGAGGUCCAAGAGGGCUCUCAAAGAAAGAGAGUCUAAAUUGGUUGAAAACGUCAAACAGGCGCUUUUCAUCCCAGGGCAAACAUCUUCGAAGCUUUUGCACGAUGUGAUGGUGGACCUGGGUGCUUUGAAGAAACCAGAUAUCAAAAGAUUUGGUAAAAAUAACAAUAUUCGUCCCUUCGAGGAUCAUACGCCUUUAGAGUUCUUCAGCGAAAAGAACGACUGCUCGUUGAUGGUCCUAGCGACCAGUUCCAAAAAGCGUAAGAAUAACCUGACGUUCGUACGUACAUUUGGUUAUAAAGUUUAUGACAUGAUUGAACUGCUCAUCGCGGAAAAUUACAAGCUACUGUCGGAUUUUAGGAAGCAAACCUUUGCCAUCGGCAUAAAGCCGAUGUUUUCCUUCCAGGGUUCAGCGUUUGACACUCACCCCGUUUACAAACAUGUGAAAUCGCUGUUCUUGGACUUCUUCAGAGGAACCGUGACAGAUCUGCAGGAUGUGGCAGGUCUGCAAUAUGUGAUAUCUGUGACGAUUCAAGGUGACUUUCAAGACGGUGAGCCGCUACCUAAUGUUUUGUUUCGUGUGUACAGAUUGAGAAGCUACAAAAGUGAGCAAGGCGGGCGUAAGUUGCCUAGAGUUGAGUUGGAAGAGACUGGUCCCCGUCUCGAUUUCAAGAUCGGUAGGAUCCACUCACCAUCUGCUGAGAUGGAGAAGGAAGCAUUCAAGAAAGCUAAACAGUUAGAAAUGAAGACGCCCAAGAACGUCGAGACUGACCUGAUGGGUGACAAGCUGGGGAGAAUACAUAUGGGUAAGCAAGAUCUCGGGAAACUGCAGACAAGAAAGAUGAAGGGUUUGAAAUCCCGAUUCGAUCAGGACGACCAAGACGAGAUGGAGGAUUACAUAAAUGAUAAUGAGGAAGGGCUGAAUCAUGUCAAACGCGACAACGAUGAAGUCGAUGACGACACAUACGGUGAAGAUUUCGUCACUGCACCAGAUAUCGAAGAAGAUCAGCCAGCCGCCAAGAAACAAAAGAAAUAG